CAACAAGCCACCCACAGGCUAUCCGUGCAACAACAUGGACCCUUACACCCCACGGACGCGUCCAGGAGCACGCAAAAAGAAUAUAACACUAUCUGCAAAGGAAUAUACUAAAAUCACAGGGACAAUCGCGUCCGUCCGCAGAAACCGACAUUUCAACGACGAUAUCGAUGAGGACCUCGAUGGGCCUGUUCACACAGUCCGUGGAAGCCGUAGAAGCAGCCAAGAACCAUCUUUCAUAGCCGAGACCUCCUUCGUUCGUGCACCGCUGAAUUCUCGCGUUGGAACAACCAGUUUCAGUCCGAAGAACAAGGGAAAGGGUAAGGAGGACUUGUUGGAUCACCUCCCUCUUGAUGUACAGGAGGCUUUAAUCCUGGAAGACCUGCUUUUCGUGUUGAUGGGUAUCGAAGGAGUGCACAUAACUUAUCAUCCAGAUUAUUCUCCAGAGGAUGACGAUCCGCUACAAGGGAUCCGUUUUGCGAUUGCGUCUCCCUUAGACCCUUCCAUACGUGACUUGGCGGAGCGUGUAUUACCACUUGCCACCUACUACACAGCCAUAUCGGCCUUCGUUGAAAGUAGGAGUCACCUAGAAUUUGGCCUCGUCAAUCACGCUCUCUGUGCAGCAAUACGUGAUAUGUUAAAGGAGUAUCAGACCCUUCUAUCGCAGCUUGAACAUGCCUUCAACACCUCUCCGCAGUUCACGCUCCAGAAAUUGUGGUUCUAUGUGCACCCAACCGUUCAUACACUCUCUUUGAUAUACAAGCUUGUUCUUGAAUUGGCAACGGUGGACGAUGAUGACGGUUCCUCGAUCUCGUCGGCUUCUUCUGAUCCAGAACAAGCAGCGCGAGAUGAAGCUCUUGGGUUGGGUGGAGCUAAACUCAAGGCUGUUCUUUCGGAGAUAACUAAAUCUUCGACGAGUGCUGCCAUCCCUGUUAAAGGAGGAGAGGUAUUAACAGUGAUAUACGAACGUAUGCAGGGGAUGUCAGGAGAUCCGACGGCACGCAAGGUGUAUGGAACACUGAUGGGCGCGGCAGGUGCACCUUACGCGGAGAUGUUGCGGGAGUGGGCGACAACAGGGAGAUUACACGACCCUUACGAAGAACUUUGUGUCAAAGAGAGUAAGUUCAUUAGUAAGGGGAUCCUCGAAGUGGACUACACGGAUGAAUACUGGGAGCGACGCUAUACUCUGCGUGAUGGUUCAACGCUGUCAUCAAAACGGCAGCAUGCAGGAGUGCCACUGCCCAGGACUCCAGGGGGCAGACUGCCCGGUGGAGCAUGCAUACCGCCGAUGCUUGAAGGAUGGAAGCACAAAGUCCUAUUAUCGGGAAAAUAUUUAAACGUUAUUCGGGAAUGUGGUAUUGAAGUACAGAGUAUUCAACCUCGGCGAGAUCAAGAACAGUUUUCGAUGGACGACGAAAAGCUGUAUAAAUUCGUCGAAGAUGCGUACACCCAUGCAAACCGCACGCUACUGCGUCUUCUCCUACAAGAUCAACAGCUGGUUCCACGUCUACGCUCCCUUAAACGCUACUUCUUCCUCUCGCAAGCGUCAUUCCUCACGCACCUUCUCGACUUAGCCCACACGGAGUUGAAGAAGCCUGCUAAAUCAGCAAGUAUAGUGAAAUUGCAAAGUCUAUUAGACCUCUCGCUCAGCAGCGAGGACGCUUCCUUCCGUGAAGAUGUCAAGGUUACCAUGGCUAAUACAGGCUUAUAUGAGUGGCUGCUGAAGGUUAUCAGCGUGAGUGGGAUAAUAGGCGGUGAAGGGGGCGAGGGAAACCACGACACAGCCGCCCACGAGGAGCCCAAAAAAGACAGAGACAAAGACAAGGAUGAAAAGAAGGCAUUAUUAGCUAUCGAUGCUCUUGCACUUGAUUAUACAGUAAAGUUCCCGCUUUCUCUCGUUAUUUCUCGAAAAACCAUUUUACGCUAUCAACUGCUUUUCCGCUUCCUGCUUCACCUCAAGCAUGUGGAGCAGUCUCUUGCGUCCAUGUGGAUAGAGCAGAAGACGACACCCUGGCGCCAACCCGUACCCAAUCACCCGGAAUUUGAACAAUGGCGAUUACGCGUUACUCUUCUCCGCACGCGGAUGCUUUCAUUCAUUCAGCAGAUUCUCGCGUUCGUGACGUUCGAGGUGCUCGAGCCAAACUGGCGCUCGUUGGAAGUUAAGCUGUCCAAAGUCACAACGGUAGACCAACUACUGCGAGAUCAUGUCGACUUCCUGGACACCUGCCUGAAGGAGUGCAUGCUCACAAGCGCAAAGCUACUCAGGGCGUACUCACGGUUGAUUGUAACCUGCUCGACAUUCGCACUCUAUUCCUCUUCUUUCACCAAGUCCGCCAAUCAGGCCCUUGCCGCAGCUGAGGCGGGCGACGGAGAUCAGGCAAUGAGCAAGCGCUGGGAAUUUCUGAAGAAGUUUGAGUCGAACUUUAACCAUUGGUUUUUCCAUCUGGACUGCGUGCAGUACUAUGCAUCGAGCGAGAACGUUACUCUAUUGCCACUUGUAGUACGGCUGAGUGGUAUUAAGACACUAUAGCCAUCGUAUUUCCAGAGCCCGGUGUACCUCUUGUCACACUCAUGAUGUUGCCAGAUAUUUUCGGUUUCACUGACUAAUCCCAUCGGACUGU